GCCUCGACGGUGUCUCUCUCUUCUCUCCUAAAGUACGAGCGCUUUCUCUCUCUAAAAAUCUGAACCUCUUUCCUCUCUCUCUAUGGACCCAGGAACCUCUUGAAAGUCACUCAAAAGUGAAACCAUAAAAUUCUUCCUGACCACUUCAACCCAUGACCCCUCUCUCUCUAUCUUACGCAAUUUCCAGUGCAGUUCCUCUUUCUAGAUCCAGUUGAGAAGGUUUUGCCGUGACUUAAGAGGUUCGCUGCCCCAAAACGAGCUCUAAGAACUUGCAAAAACAUUUGCUGUGAAACCCUAAUUUGUAAUCCAUGGCGCCGCGUAGCAGAUCUUCAAAUAGAUGGAGGUUUUUACAGUUAGCUUAUUAUUUAAAGAGACCGAAGCGUUUGGCUCUCCUAUUCAUCUCCUUUGUUUCUGUGUCUUUUAUUGUUUGGGAUCGUCAAACCCUAACGAGGGAGCACGAGAUUGAGGUUUCCAAUUUGAACGAAGAAUUGGAUAGGCUGCAGAAUCAGUUGCAAGAACUGAAGAAUUAUCUGAGUAACACGGGUGUGAAUGUUGACUUAAUUUCCAAGCCAAAAUCCCCUUCUAAGAAUUCUAUUCAAGAAGAUCCAAUUGACAUUCAUCGUCGAGAGAAGGUGAAAGAAGCCAUGCUCCAUGCAUGGACCUCAUAUGAGAAGUAUGCCUGGGGACAUGAUGAACUUCAGCCACAGUCCAAGAAUGGCGUUGAUCAAUUUGGUGGUCUCGGUGCAACCAUUGUGGACUCUCUUGAUACAUUAUAUAUCAUGGGUUUACACCAGCAGUUCCAAAAAGCCACAGAGUGGGUUGCUAACUCCUUGGACUUCAACAAGGAUUAUGAUGCCAGCGUUUUUGAGACAACCAUAAGAGUCGUUGGAGGGCUUCUAAGUGCAUACGAUCUUUCUGGGAAUAAAGUGUUUCUUGAUAAGGCAAGAGAUAUUGCAGAUAGAUUGCUACCUGCAUGGGAUACACCUUCUGGAAUUCCAUACACCACUAUCAAUUUGGCACGUGGAAAGGCUCACAAUCCAGGAUGGACAGGGGGAAAUAGUAUUUUAGCAGAUCUUGGCACUGAACAAUUGGAAUUCAUUGCAUUAUCUCAGAGAACAGGUGACCCGAAGUACCAGAAAAAGGUAGAAAAUGCGAUCUUCCAACUUAAGAAGAUCUUCCCUAGUGAUGGCUUACUUCCAAUAUAUAUAAAUCCCCAUACAGGGUCAAAAUCACAUUCACAAAUUACAUUCGGAGCCAUGGGUGAUAGCUUUUACGAAUAUUUGCUUAAAUCCUGGAUACAGGGGAACAAAACUGAAGCCGUGCAACAUUACAGAAAAAUGUGGGAAACAUCAAUGCAAGGGUUGCUGGGUUUGAUCAGGAGAAGCACUCCGUCAUCUUUUGCCUACAUUUGUGAGAAAACUGAUGAUUAUCUUUCUGAUAAAAUGGAUGAGCUAGCCUGCUUUGCUCCAGGGAUGCUUGCUUUGGGAUCAUCUGGCUAUGGUCCUGAAGAUGCAGAGAAAUUUCUUUCACUGGCGAAAGAGCUUGCUUGGACUUGUUACAACUUCUAUCAGUCAACCCCAACAAAGCUUGCUGGAGAAAACUAUUAUUUCCACUCAGGCCAGGACAUGACCGUAGGAACCUCUUGGAAUAUUUUGAGGCCGGAGACCGUGGAAUCACUCAUGUACCUAUGGCGUCUAACUGGAAACAAGACUUACCAAGAGUGGGGUUGGAAUAUAUUUCAAGCAUUUGAAAAGAACUCUCGGAUUGAGUCGGGUUAUGUUGGACUAAGAGAUGUGAAUUCUGGUGUUAAGGAUGAUAUGAUGCAAAGCUUUUUCCUUGCAGAGACGCUGAAAUACCUUUAUCUUCUAUUCUCACCCCCUUCACAUAUCUCCUUUGAUGAGUGGGUGUUCAAUACUGAAGCCCACCCACUGAAAAUAUUACCAAGAACAGAUACAUUUACUGGUUUUGUUAAUGGAGAAGUUAGCGUGAGCCACGAAAGGCCCAGACGCACUGACCACUCUCUAGGGAGAAAGGAGGGUCGAGAAAGGAUUGUUCAUUAGGCUUAGUAAUUGUGUUCACCUAUAGGGUUCUUUCUGAAUUUUAACGGUGCCGAUGUGGAGCAGAGGGUUUGGAAGGCCUUGAUGGCUUUCCUAUCAGCAAUUACAUGCUUGUGGUCCUCUCAGCUCGAGAUUUGAUUAUUUAUAGAAGGAUAGAGAUAACAGAUGAAGAAGAGGGGUUUCUGGACUUCAGCGGCUCGUCUCUCUUUUGAAGAAACUUCUCUAUGAACGAAUUUUUGUCGAUUCAAAUGGUAUUCUAUUAUCAAAUUCUUGGGAAGUAAUUAUUUUUGAGUUAGCACAGUAUGAAAUAUAUAUGUAACGUGACUUCAAGCUUGUUAAGAAAUUUCUAAUGCUUCAUUCUUACUUUCAACCAUGAUAGUGUGGUCUAGUAUGAAGCUAAUUUAUGACA